UAUAGAGAGAGAUGUAGGUUGAUUAUACAGCCACUAUCAUGGCAAUUUUGGGGUGAGAGUGCAUCGACCCAGCUUGUCAGUUGGUCAUCUCUAAGCCGGCUAAAAGUGUUGCAGUAUCAUGUUUCUUGUGGGACUUCAAAGAAGCAGGUUAUCAUUGAAGAAAAUGCCACAAUUGAUGACUUGAGGGUGAAGAUUGCCUCCAAAUUUAACAUGAGGAGACCCGACAGCCUGCAGGUCUUCAAUAAAGACUUUGGUGACUGGCUGGACCUGGAAGAAGAGGAUGAACUUCCUCCAACAAUGUCAAGGGUGAAGGUUUUGGAUGACCCAAACGAGGACACAGAAGACAAAGCGAGUUCUGAUAUCCAUGAAGACAGGGAGGUCCCAUCAAGACAGACUUCAGUCGCUUCCACAUGUCCUCAGACGCUGACAUCUGAAGGAGCAAGGAGCAGCUUUUUUGUAAAUUUUAAAGUGCCUGAAAUGCCCCACGAUGUGCAAAAACUCUUAAAUGACAACAACAAGGCUGUUCUGGAAAGGAAGUGGAGGAGAAAAAUUGUGUCGCAUCUGUAUGACAACAUGGUUCAAGUGGCAGUGUACCCUCAUUCAUGGGAGUACAAUGCUGUGUGCAGUGCACUGAUUAACAAGCACCCGAUUUUGAAGGAUCGAACCAUAAAUGGUUCGGGAUAUGAUACAAUAAAAGAGUCGCUGAGGACAAAGUUUAAACACGAGAGAGGGAUUCGAACACCAUCAACUGAUGUAGCCAGGAGGAGGGAGUUGUAUGGCCGCAAUGGCCCCAGAAAGCGUGCUGAGGACAACGUGGAAAAGGCCCCAUCUCCUGUUAAAAGGAAGAAGCGGGAUAGCAUUGAGACCUCACAUGGGGGAGAAGACGAAGCCAGCAUCCAAAGACACAUCGCGUCAUUAAAAGAUCUGGCAUCCAAGAGGGGCGCAGACCCGUCAAUUAUUCAGGACAAAAUGAAGCGGACGCGAAGUCAUAGACUUUGUUUUAUUCAAGCCAAUGCUUUGCAGGAUGUUCUGAAUGAAUAUCCGAUACUGAGGUUUGAAAAACAGCUAAUACGUGAGCUUCAAAAUACGUAUGGGGCAAAGGAAAUAGCAGCCGCUAUUGCCGAAUCGGUUACAGCUAGUGGAGAAGUGAUUCUCCGAGAAGGAUUGAAGGUGCCAGCAGCACAAGAAGUGAUCGAGCAAUAUCAGGACAAAGUUGAUGGUGCGACUACAGACAAGCAGAAGAAAGGUAUUUUGUGCCUCAUACCUCCAAUUUAUUUUAUGAGGAUAGUACCAAAAGCUAUGGAAUUAUUUGCGAUAUUUACAUUUAUUUCGGCUUACAUAUAAAAAGGAAUUGGUACUGCUAAAGUCACUGUCGUCCAUGCCUUCAAAAUCAGUUAAUUGCAUGAGGAGGAACAUAACUAUCCCACAUUAGUUGUCAUAGUCUUUGUUUAUUAUUCUUAUCAUAAUUUAUUAUGGUGCUCAAUUUCCCUGUCAUCACCCUUUCAGAGAAGAGAAGAAAAAAUGGACGUGUUUCCUUGACAAUUAACAUGGAUAUUUCGUUAUCUUUCCUUCAUGAUUAUGAUCUAGAAGAAAUAGCUUCCAAAAGCGUAAAACUGAAAUACAAUGUAUUUACAUGUAUCUAUUUUGUUUGGUUUUGUUUUAGAUUUACUGGUGGCAUUGUCAUGCUUGCUGUUUCCUUUGAUAUUUGGGGAAAAGGACUCCAUGUACACUAUAAACAAGGAACCCCAGAGCCCUACUCCUACCCUAGUGAUAUCAGGGAACCCCUUUGAAUGUCGUGAUUUAGCCAUAUUCAUGGACGGGAUAGAAGUUUGUCGAGCAUCAGAUCUCACAUCCGGGUUUGUUGCAACAUUCUCAAGUUUUUAUGUGUUUGGGGUCCAGUACCCACAACGUGGAAAGAGGACCCUACAGCUAUACCAGAAAUUUUUUGCAGGACUGGAUGAUGGAAGUCCCCUACCACCCAGAGUCCAGCGAUUUCUUAACAGCCUUGUUUAGACUGAUUUAUUUCUGGUUGGAAAUUCCGCCGUAAAUUUCUAUUAUUUUGCCCUAAAAUUAAAGACUGUUCUGUGUACAUGAGAAGAUUUACACUCUCUUGCUACAUUUGCUGAGAUGAGGCAAAGUUUUGUAUCAACUCAAACAUUUUAAUUUAUUACGAUUGCUUCAUUUAUUUUAUGUGCUGAAAUGAGGCCAAGUUUUGUUUCCUGUAUCAACAUGAUCAACUCAAACUUUUUUUAUUACACCUGCUUCAUUUAUUUUAUGUGCUGCAAUGAGGCAAAGUUUUGUAUCAACUCAAACAUUUUAAUUUAUUACACCUGCUUAAUUUAUUUUAUGUGCUGCAAUGAGGCAAAGUUUUGUAUCAACUCAAACAUUUUAAUUUAUUACACUUGCUACAUUAAUGUGCUGAAAUGAGGCAAAGUUUUGUAUCAACUCAAACAUUUUAAUUUAUUACACUUGCUACAUUAAUGUGCUGAAAUGAGGUCAAGUUUUGUUUUAAAGGGGUACUAGCCCCUGACAUUAUCGUGCUCUCAUUGAAUAAAGAAAAAUCAGAUGAACAAACUGUAAAAAAUUGAUAAAAAUCAGACAACUCGCUCAAAAGUUAUGAAUUUUCAAAGUCACCGAGAUUUGACGAUCACUGCCGCUCAUGGGGAUCAGUGCGAUCGGCAAAACCGACGGAAUCUGUGACGUCAUGUCGGACAACUCCUCAUUCACUUUGUACAUAGAAUAUUUAAAAAUUGAUCAAUGUCAAAUUUAGAGUGAGGUUGCAGCAUGAAUCUUUUCAAAAUACAAGCAAAAACAAUAUAGAAAUGCUAUACCGCAACCAAAAAAUGGUAUUUUGUUGACUUUUCCGAGAAAAAGGAGAAAAUGUGAAGUUUGGUGUACAGAGUGAAUGAGGAGUUGUCCGACGUGACGUCACAGAUUCCGUCGAAUUUGCCGAUCGCACGGAUGCCCAUGAGCGGCAGUGAUCGUCAAAUCUCUGUGACUUUGAAAAUUCAUAACCUUUGAACGGGUUGUCCGAUUUUGCCCAAAUUUUCAGUUUGUUCAUCUGGAUUUUCUUCAUAUCCUGAGGUGAGGAUAAUUCCAGGGGUUGGUUUCCCUUUAAUUUAUUACAUUUGCUACAUUUAUUUCAUGUUUUGUGUGCUGAAAUGAGGCUAAGUUUUGUUUCCUACAUCAACUCAAACGUUUUAAUUUAUUGUAUGUGCUGAAAUGAGGCCAAGUUUUGUUUCCUCUAUCAACUCAAACAUUUUAAUUUAUUACGAUUGCUUCAUUUAUUUUAUGUGCUGAAAUGAGGCCAAGUUUUGUUUCCUGUAUCAACUCAAACAUUUUAAUUUAUUACACCUCCUUCAUUUAUUUUAUGUGCUGCAAUGAGGCAAAGUUUUUUAUCAACUCAAACAUUUUAAUUCUUUACGAUUGAUUCAUUUAUUUUAUGUGCUGAAAUGAGGCCAAGUUUUGUUUCCUGUAUCAACUCAAACAUUUUAAUUUAUUACACCUCCUUCAUUUAUUUUAUGUGCUGCAAUGAGGCAAAGUUUUUUAUCAACUCAAACAUUUUAAUUUUUUACGAUUGAUUCAUUUAUUUUAUGUGCUGAAAUGAAGUCAAGUUUUUUAUCCUAUAUCAACUCAAAAGUAUUAAUUUGUUACAUUUGCUACAUUUUAAUGUGCUGAAACAAGGCAAAGUUUUGUUGCAAACGUCAAUAUAACUAUUUAGUGGGUUCUUAAAAUCGUUACAAUAUGAGUUUCUGGUCACAUGGUCAAGGUCAAAGGUUACCAGAGGUCAUCAAACUUUGGUAUGUCAAGCCAAAAACAUCAAAAACUUAACUUGGAGGUUAUAUUUUAGAAAUGUCAACGUAGGUUUAAAAAUUUUUUGUCUCUUUCCAUGAAACUUUGUAAUUAGGGUCAUUAAGCAUCACCAAUCGUUCCGUAUGCAUUAGUAGUGUGGGUGGAGUCAUUGUUGCCAUGGUAACCAUGGUUAUAUUGAAAAAAAAUUAAGAUUGUCUAGUAAGCAUUCUACAGACCAAAAUUUUCAUCCAAUCUUAUUCAAAUUUGGUGUGGACGUGUAUUAUGGCAAGUGGAAGUAAGCUGUCGAUUCUUGGAUAUGGGCAGGGUCAUUGUUGCCAUGGUAACAAUUUUUAUAAAGAAAUAAUGAAGAUUUCAGGGUGAGCACUCUACAGGCCAGAUGUUUCAUCUGCUCAUAUUCUAAUUUGGUGUUGAUGUGUAAUAUUAAGAAGCCUAUUGAAUUAGGGUGUGGGCAUAAUCAUUAUUGCCAUGGUAAUCAUGGUUUUUCAGAUUUCUUUUAGUCAUUGUUUUUGUCCAGUCACAUUCAAAUUUGGUGUUGGGACUGUAUUAUGGUAGGAGUAUCAUGUGAUAUUUCCUGAUUUCUUUGUAAAAGUGCUGCUGCCUGAAGCAGGCAAAACCACCAGAGGCACUCCACUUGUUUUUUCUUAGAUUGUACUUUUUAAUAUAAACUUUUGUCCAUAUAUUUCCUCCAAAAACAGAUACCAAAACUUUUAAGAUACCGAUGCGAUUAUUUUGUACCUUUUCAAUGAAUGAGAAAAUAUUUCUUUCUCAUCAUUUCUCGCAAUAGGUGACACUUGGUUCAGCUGGUUUGUUAUUUACAUCACAAUGUAUAAGCUUAUAGAUAUUCCACACGUCAGAUUGCCUUGUAUGUCCACAAAGAGUGUGAGGCUACAUCCUUUUUGCUUUACAUAAUUAUUAUUGCUCGUCUGAAGGCAUGUUUACAGAUUUUGAUUAAGUCUGUGCCAAGAAAUGGUGUUUAAUAUGUAUGAUGUAUUAAAUGUGUUGAACUCCAAAUGUAUAUUCACUACUCUCCUUUCUAGUACAUGUACUGUAAUAGCUCCUCAUUGGCAUAUACAUAUACAUGUGUCACAAUUAGGACCUAUUGCAGCUCAUUUGAAAAUAUUAUUAUAACUAUUA